AUGUCACUGAAGGGAGACUUGCUGUACCGAGACGGGUUGGAUUCGGUUCGAUUCUGUACGAUGGCCGCCCAGGCUUGCCAGAUGGCCCAGGUGGCAAGGGAUUUGCAGGCUGAAGCACGAUGGAUCGAACUUGUGGAGAUGGUUUUUGAGCGCUGGUUAAAUGCUGAAUGCCUAGCGGCCAGAUACAUGGCAGAUACGGGGCAGCUGAUGCAGGUGCAGUUGGAAGAGGAGCAGGGGAAGCGUCACGGCCGUGCAGAGGCCCUUCGGGCGCUGAAAGCCGCUCUGCUGGAACUGCCGCGGGAGAUUUCCGAGGAGCAGCGACUGGUAGACAUCUCUGCAGGCACUCGAGCUGCUUCAGAAGCUCGUGCCGCUGCUGCUGGUCGGGCGCUUCAGACGCUGAAGGAGCACCACCAUCAUUUGAAAGAACAGAGAGAAGCACAGCUUGAAGAGCGUGAGCAGCUGGACGCUGCCAACGCUGCAGCUGCAGCUGCAGCUGCUAGGCAGACACAGCUUGCGACCGGUUGCGUGCGUGAAUGGGCGCGCGAUGGCCCAGAGACAGAGGCCCUCAAGGAGGCGAAAAUUGAGCUUGCCGAGCUCCUGGCUGAGGUGGAUGAGGCGCGGCUUCAUCGUCGUCAAGAGCUAAAAGCCUUGAACCAGGCGGUGGAAGCCACAGAGACCGAGAACAAAUGGUAUCGAGCUGGAGGUCAUGAUUCCUACGAGGCACCCGAGUCAUUCAGUGCCUCUUUGCGAAGGCUCUUCACUGUAGCAAUCGGCAAGAGAGACCCUUUCCCAGCUUCAAGCUGA